CACUGGCUGCAUCAGCUGGUAUCUGACGGGAAUAUUCGUCACUUGGGAUAAAAUUACAUUAUUUUUAACCAAUACAAACCGCUUCUUCUUCCGCCAUUUUUUCACCUUACUUUACCUGAACAGCAUCGUUUAUAUACAAACCGCUUUCUUGUGGAUUUUACUGCGCAACAUUUGUGUAAAUUAGAUUUAAGCCCUGCUGGUGUGCUGUGCUGUCUGCUGCCCACCACAACCCCUCCCUCCUCUUUGGUAUCAGAGACAACAUCAAUAUUUGGGGGGCUUCAUAUCAAAAUCUAAAGGAGGAACAGCAAACAUGUUCUACACCUGUGGUCCCAACGAGGCUAUGGUGGUGUCAGGUUUCUGUCGCUCCCCUCCACUGAUGAUCCCUGGAGGCCGAGUUUUCGUCAUCCCCUGCAUUCAGCAGAUACAGAGGAUUUCUCUCAACACUCUGACUCUGAAUGUGAAGAGCGAUAAAGUCUACACCCGCCACGGCGUUCCCAUCUCUGUCACUGGGAUAGCGCAGAUGAAAAUCCAGGGUCAGAACAAGCAGAUGCUGGCUGCAGCCUGUCAGAUGUUCAUGGGAAAAUCGGAGGCUGAGAUCGCUCAGAUCGCCCUGGAAACACUGGAGGGACACCAACGGGCCAUCAUUGCUCACCUGACUGUAGAGGAGAUCUACAAGGACCGUAAGAAGUUCUCUGAGCAGGUUUUCAAGGUGGCCUCUUCUGACCUGGUCAACAUGGGCAUCAGCGUGGUUAGCUACACUCUCAAAGAUGUUCAUGAUGACCAGGAUUAUCUUCAUUCACUGGGGAAGGCUCGGACCGCCCAGGUUCAGAAGGACGCUCGAAUUGGAGAAGCCAAAAACAAAAGAGAUGCUGUGAUCAGAGAGGCUCACGCGAUGCAAGAAAAAGUCUCAGCCCAGUAUAAGAACGAGAUCGACAUGGCAAAGGCUCAGAGGGACUAUGAGCUGAAGAAAGCAGCCUAUGACAUCGAGGUUAACACCAAGAAAGCUGAGUCAGAGAUGGCUUACCAACUGCAGGUAGCGAAGACGAAGCAGCGCAUCGAGGAGGAGAGAAUGCAGGUCCAGGUGGUGGAGCGGACGCAGCAGAUCAUGCUGCAGGAGCAGGAGAUCACCCGCAGAGAGAAGGAGCUGGAGGCCAAGGUGAAGAAACCUGCAGAUGCUGAGAGAUACCGCCUUGAGAAACUGGCUGAGGCUCAGCGUCUUAAGUUGAUAAUGGAGGCAGAGGCCGAGGCCGAGUCCAUCAGGAUCAAAGGUGAGGCUGAGGCGUUUGCAGUGGAGGCCCGGGGCCGGGCUGAGGCUGAGCAAAUGGCAAAGAAGGCAGAGGCCUUCCAGCAGUACAAGGAUGGAGCCAUGGUGGACAUGCUGCUGGAGAAACUGCCUCUGAUGGCAGAAGAGAUCAGCAAACCUCUGUGUGAAGCCAACAAGGUUACCAUGGUGUCCAGUGGAGGAGCAGAUGUGGGAGCAGCCAAACUGUCUGGAGAGGUGCUGGACAUCAUGACCCGUCUGCCUGAGGCUGUGGAGAAACUGACCGGAGUCAGCAUCUCCCUGGCCACCACUCGUACAGAGUGAAGAGAAUCAUCCACUCAAAUGCCUAGGCAGAUUCACUCCAUCACCGUCUCAUCAGAUCCCAGGACUUAUGUACGAGUCUUAAAGCACUAACAGCCUCUUUCCUCUUCUCCCAUCUGUCUAACAUCAUGCAUAAAUCUGUCUCCCUCCUGUGUCUAAAGUACUGUUUGGACUGGACUAGUAUUACCUGUGGACCUCUGAUAAUUGUGAAUUACCCCCCUGACGCCAGUGUUUGGUGUGGUGCGUUCACACAGGAAAAGAGAAGUCUGUAAAAUUUACAGACAUUUCUGAAGGAAAACAAGGGUUCUGCAAGGCUGCAGCAAUGAAAAUGCAGAGUUGAUUUUAUUUCUAAAAUUCAUACAAAAAAUUAAAAUGUCAUUCACAUUGCUUUCUGCAGGUGAAGUUUCCUUCAUGUGUCCAAUACAUACUGUUAACCAGAGUUUCCAAUAGACAACACCCACUUAAGUGCUUUUUCCUCUCUUUGUAUAUAUAUAUUCUAAAUUUUUUUUAGAUUUAUAGCAAGCUGUCAAUGACUGAUAAACUAAUAGAAAAAUCUCCUCUAGUUCUCCCAUAAUGCAUUGAGGUGGCUUAAGUCACAGGUGCAUAUCGCAAUUGAUCCGACAGAGGAAGACAGAGAACGUUGAGCACUCUUUCUGCUAAUGUAUGAGAAAAGGAGACAUCUAAUGUGAAACAUGAACCUCUCCUGUUACUUUUAACAGUUUUUUGUGCAGUCGCUGCUGGUGAUGUUAGUCUGCGCUCUAUAAAUCUGUGAUUAUUACGCACUUACAGCGACCUCCUUGUGCAGAUCAGCUGUUGCACCGCUGACUGUUGAGUGACACAUUUCGAAAUGUAAAUUGUGUUAUACAUAAAAUAUCCAGCUAAAUGGUACUGAUGUAAGAUCAGGCACUCACAGAGAGAAAUUGUCUCUGUUAUUUUUUCAAUCAGAAAAAGGCACACAAAAGAAAAUAGACCUUAAAAAACAAAAUUACCAGCCUUAAUUAUAGAGAUGCUGAUUUGCAAAGGAUUACAAAUUAACUGUGGACCUAUGUGUGCGCUGCAAUAUUUUUGGUUAUUUGCCCUGAAAUUUUUACGCCACAAAUCAUUGACAUGGUUCAUUCACACUGGAUUAGAAACAGACGUCCUGCAUGAUUAUUACAAAUUACCAGAGGUCCCUAGGUAAUACUAGUCCUGUGCGAACAGGUCAUAAGACUGCUUUUUUCUGUGACAUUCUUGUAGUCAAAGUGACAAAACGUUUUCCUCUGUUUUAAUUAUUUGAUUGUGUUUUUGUUAGUUUUACCCGACUCUGUCUGGGCUGAAGUAUUGUACUACUCUGGCUACAGUUACAGCUGCUGUAUGUCUUUAUAGAACAAACAGAAACAUUUAAAGUACAAUGCAUCCCACAUUUUCCAUGAAUCAAGCCCAUGAGCAGAGUUUAACCAAUCUGCAACAGUGACAGUAGCCUAUUGGUACUCAGACUUUAAAAUAUUUCUCAUUUUUGUUUACAGUCUUGUCCUUUCCUUGCUCCUCCCUUCCACAUUUUGUCACAGUCUGUUCAUUAUCAAAGUGUAUAUUUGUCCGUCCUCUCCGUCUGUGUUUACAUUUAAUGUAACUGCCUGUGCGCUGCCUUGCUGCCAAACCUUAAGUGCAUCUUAACCAGAGCGUUUAAAACAAACACCCAUUCAAAACCUUAAUUUACAAAUAAUCCUAACAUUACCUGGUGUAAUAUAAGGUGGCUCCAAACUACCGCAUGUCUUCUCAUUCCUAUCAUAUGUUAGACUUCAUACUUAAUUUAUUAAGGUGUGCUGCUGACCUCAUGGCCAGGUCACCAUUAUAAAAGAGAUCUUGAUCUCAGCGGGUCUUCAUCUGGUUAAAUGAAGAUUAAACUAAAAAAAAAAAAAAAUACGUUUUUAAAGCUUUUAUGGACAGAUUAGCCAAACAUCUUUAAAUUGGUAUGACAUAGCUACCUGAAACAUUUUUUUUUAUUUUGCUUUUUUUUUUGUUUCCAUGUACCUUGAGGGUAUUAAACCUAAAAACUGACUAACACAGUUCUCACUUUGUGUUUGCGAAAAAGUAUAAGCUAACGUUGCAGAUGUUAACUAACCUUAAACCCAUGUUAUCUUCCUAAAUAAGCACUUCUCUACUAACAUCUUUGAUAUUGUACUGUCAUAGUUAAAACUAUUAUUUUGACACUACACGUCAUAAUUCUUAACAGAUGUUACCAUUGUUAUAAAUCAGGGAAAUCUGCUCAAUUUGCAGUUUAUCUGACUGUCAGGAUUAUAUAAAUAAUGAUUUUAUGCAGAGAGUUCGUGGGUGCACAUAGAUAAUUCCCACUCUUCCCCUCACACCAUUUUUUCAUACACUUUGCUGGACGUGUAGCUUAUGAAAAGUGUUAUUUUUGUUGUUAUAGCGGGUUAUGUAGCAGCUCUGUAGCAAAUGUAGCUUGUGCAAUCACUGGGAAAUGAAAAACAGAAAGCUUUGCCUUUCUGUUGUAGCAGAGGGAAUACCACAGUGUAGUUGAGUGUUAAUGUUAGUUGAAUAUUAUUAUAAGGAAUAAAGAUGAAAUGCUUUAUUAAAAAUAUGACAAUAGAGGGAGUAAAGUUGUACUGAAUAUCACCACGGCUGUGAUUUGGGUGUAGACACAAGACUGCAGGCUGAGUGCUGAAGAUAAUCACUACAUCUAUUCCUCGAUUGUGAUAUUACUUUUAUACAACAGUUCUACAGGCGGAAACAGCAGUUAAAAGGAAAAUCAAUUUAUUAUUUUAACUCUACCAACUCAACUAAUUCCACAGUUUAACUGAAACUACAACAUUUCUAAGAAACCCAAAUGUUCUCCUGCACUAUUAGUGCUUUGAACUCCAGGCUGAGGCAGACUGAUGCAUAUUGUGAAUACUGUCACUUAUGGAAUCCCCCUUUCUUAUCAGAUUGCUUAUUUGGAACUAACUAGGGAUGCACAAUGUUUGAUAACUGCCUAUAUCCAGUAUUAACAAAUCAAUUUUAGCCGAUAUGAUGUUUAAAUGUAGUUCAGUCUUAAAACUUCAGUCCUGAAAACACACAAUGUAAAUAUUAAGCAUGAACGAAUUACAAAUUUCUGUCCUUAAAACAGGCUUGUAAGAAUGGAUAAUGAAUAAAGUGAAACACUAAAACUUUGAAAAUUAUUUGUGCACACAACGGGUAUUUAUGCCUGAUACCGGCUGAUGUCUAUUAUGGGUUAAAUAUCUGCAGAAGUUUUCAUAUCUGCCCAUACCAAUAGUUCGCUUUUAAAACUAAGAUCUGCUGAUGCAGAUAAUAUGCCAAUAAUAUUAUGCAUCCCUGUAACUAACUGUUGUAUAAAAGUAAAUAAUACUUUGGUUUUAAAGAUUUUGUUUCAGAAGAACUGAAUGAUUGUUUUUAAGGGAAUAAAAAAUCUUGCCCAUUCACCAUUAAACACUCCUCUUCUUACAAUCAAACAUCUGACACCAAAAAUAAAAAGUUGGUAAAGCUGUACAAGCUUUAUUUAAUGUGUCAGUUCCUAAGAGUACUUAAUCUUGCCUUAUAUAUGAGCCCUAUCACACCGCCACCCUCUACCUCACCAUCAUCCCCUAUGGGCUGGACAGUCAAACAUGUUUUACUCGAUUUUUACACUGUUCACAGAAGAUUUCAAUGCAUCAGAACUUGAACAUUUGAGAAUCACUACAGUCAUUGUGUUAUUUUGUCUUUAUGUGGCUUUAUUCUUUGCACUGCUGAAUAUGGUACAGCCAAAUGUGUUUAAAUGGCUUCUGGGAUAGUUUUAUUUAUUCAAAGAAGAUAACUACUGUUACCGUGCAUGUAUUAAUAUCUGCCAGGCUCAAAAUACAACUAUUCUAUUACCAAAGUAGAAAAGGAAAUGUGAUCUUUAUUCUCCUGUAUUUGACUGUGUUUAGUAUAGUGAUACUAUGAAGGGGAACUAGAUUCUAUGUAGAUGUAUUUAAACAGUAUAUAUUUGAUACAGCUGCACUGCUUGCUUCACUGUUCACAGCUCUACUAACUCUUGCUCACAGCAUCUUCAGUGUUUCAUUAUACAUGUAUGUAUAGUCUAAUAAAUGGAGUUUUCUGUAAUAUUUAAAAUCCUGCUGUAGUUUGCUGAUGGGUUUCUGCCAAAAUAGUUGGUAGCACUUUGCUGGUCUGCUGUAGACUAAAAAUGUGUAAUUAAAUUGCAGAGGGGAAAUACUUGCAUCCAUUUUUACCGGUAUUCUGGAUAUAUGAUUUACCACAUUAUUUCUGUUUACACAUGUGAUUAGUGCAUGUUCCUGACUUUGUAGAUAUACCCAUUCUUUAUGUCCUCUAGUGUUGCAGUGUUGCUUUUGCAUUUUUGACUGAACAGCUUUUUUCUUUGUUAUCAGCUUUUACCUGUAUAGUUUGGAUCAUAAUAAACUGUUUUUCUCUGCAUUUA